AUGCCCCUGGUGAGUGUGGCUAACAAACCUGAAAUUUACCAAUUUUUGGCCAAUAAACCAGUUUGUGUUGCAGCCGCUUCGAGCACUGCAUUGUGCUGGGGCAACCCAAUACGGCACACAGGUGAGGAGCGAUCGCUUGCAUGGGUGGAGGCAUCUUGCCACAAACACAUCAGCACCAACAACAAUAAUAAUAAUGACAGUAAGCGUGUUGGUAGUGCACCAGUUCGCCCAAAAGGCAAAGUCCGCAAAGCUCUUGCCACAGCGUGUUUACCGUUGAAAAGGUUAAAUGUGAGCCAGGCAAAAGCAGCGACAACGGUAAUGGGAACGGCAGCGGCACCAACGCCAGGAGCGUGCACAACGCAUAGCGGACUGGAACAACUGUGGCAGGAUGAAUAUUUUGAUGCAACGCCACAGCCACUUGCCACAAGUACAUUUAUGCAACUGACUCGACAAGUUAAGCUGCCCUGCCGAGAUACUUGCGUAACACUCUUCAAUCGAUUGAGAGGUUUUUUCUCGUAUAGUUUGGCCAUAACCCAAGUGUUCGACUCCGGUUCCAUUUUCUCACCUGAGAUCUUGGACAUCAAGCCCGAAGAUCUGCGUGCGAAAUUUCAAGCUGGUGUUGUCAAUUUGGCCGCCGUAUCGUUACAGAUUGGUUGCCCAACUAUUGCUUCAGCACCACACAGUGUUGCCAAUGGUUUCAAGAAUCUGUUGGCUAUGGCUGUUGCCACCGAAAUGGUCUUCAAGGAAGUUGCUGCCAUCAAGGAGUUCAUCAAGGACCCCAGCAAGUUUGUUGCUGCUGCUGCCUCUGUUCCAGCCUCUGCUCCAGCUGGUGCUGGCGCUGCUGCCGAAAAGAAGGAAGAAGCCAAAAAGGAGGAGUCGGAGUCCGAGGAAGACGAGGACAUGGGUUUCGGUCUCUUCGACUAAACAACUCAACACU